AUGGCAGUCGAAUACUUGGGAGUACGAAUAACAUCCAACCAGGACAGAAACAGGGAAACUAGAGAACAGACCAGCAAGGCGGCAAGGAUAUCGGGUGCACUAAGAGAUAUCAUAUGGAAUAACAGGCACAUGCGUAUGGAAACUAAAAUUAGAAUAUAUAAAAGUGUUAUAAGACCAAUAAUGACAUACGGGAUAGAAACAAGAGCUGACAAUCAAGUGACCAAGAACGCACUUCGAACAGCCGAGAUGAAAAUACUGAGAAACGCCCUGGGGUUCACCCUACGAGACAGAAAGAGAAAUGAAGAGAUUCGGAACAUAUGCGGAGUCCAAGAUAUAGUACGUUGGGGUCGAAACAGAAGGAGACUAUGGAAUUCCCACGUGGACAGGAUGAACGAGGAAAGAAUCGCGAAGAUUGCGAGGGACGGAACACCAGGAACAAGACGACCGAUAGGAAGACCUCCAAAAAGAUGGAGAGAUUCGUGGACGUCGAUUUCGCAGGAAGGUUAA